AUGAUCCACCAGCUUGAGAUUAUGCAAGCCCAACUUUGCCAACGCCUCCUUGGCCAGGUCGUCUCUCAGCUUCUCUGUGUCCUUUUGCGUGGUGAGCACAAAGUCAUGUUUGAGCAGCCAUGUGCCUUCCUCGACCCCAUAUUUCUCCGCUGUCUCCUUGUCUACCUUGCCAAGCUCGAUAACGAGGCUCUUUUUGACGCCAAAGACGGCAUCCGAGGUCUCGUAGGGGUCACCCUUAAGGUACAGUGCCCUUAUCUGAUCAUCAGCAUCCCAAUUCCUCCCAGAAAGCACGGCCAAGGUGAGAACUCACGUGAUCAACUUAUCCCAACCCUCCUUCUCAAACAUGAAGUGAAUAUGCGCCGGCCUCCACGGAUGUCUCCCCAGCCUCUCCAGCAGCUUCCCCACCGGCCCAUCAUGCGGGAUUGGGUAGCUCACCGGCUUCAACCCCUUGAACCAGAACCGGCCCUCCUCAUCACUCAGCAUGACGCACCUCUCGCUCGGCUCGUUCCGGUCGCUGUGCUGGACGUCAUAAUGCCCGCUGCUGUCCGUCUCCCAGAUAUCAAUCUUGAUGCCCUCAAUGGGGUUCCCAGCCGUGUCUCUGACGGUACAAACGGCAAGCAUCGGCUCACCCGCCGGGUCGGAGGUCAUCGAGGCGCCGUUCUCGAGGAGGGGCGCAUCGUGGGUGUGGAAGGGGCCGAGGACGGAGCCCUCGGUUGCGCCGGCGGGUUUGGGGUGGUUGAUGUUGUCGAGGAGCAGGGAGAGGCCGAGGGUGUCGGAGAGGAGGAUGAAUUCCUGUUUGUCUCCCCACAUCAGCACCUGAUACCUUACUGCCUACCGCCCUCCCUGAACCACCAGAUGUCGGAAACAGAUGCGACCUACAUUCCGCACCUCGCUGCAGAUCUUCCCACAAGCAAUCAAAAACUCCAGCCCGGCCAUCCACUCGUCCGUGCUCAGCCGCGUCUCCCUCGCAAAGUCAUGCAGGUGCGUCACCAGUCUCGACAGCAAAUACGUCAACCGCUGGUCGUCCGACUGGCUGUUAAUCCUGAUGGUAUUCGGCGUGAUGUUGUCAAUCGUCAAGUCCAAAAGCGGCGGGCCGACAGGGCCGGAGUUUUCUCUGCGCGGUUCCGCCAUUCUGCAACCGAAAAGAGCCAGACCAACCCAGCCAUCACCAAGCUAGUUUCAAGGAGUUUGGGUAAAGAAUCCCGACUCCCCAUCACCCAAUGGUACAACCCGCCAAAGCAGUGACAACCCCCAUGAUGUAAGGCCCGAAAGCCCGGACAAUUGGGACCGAGCAAACAAACCCAACUGAUGUGAGGCCCUUCAUGUGGGGCAUUCGGGGACUGCAAGAGGGGACCGUGGAGGGGCUCGGGAGUUGAAGCGGGGUCGCUAAACGGAUGACGCAGGCUUACCCAACCCGUGGGAAACAACAGGGG